AUGGCAAACCUGCAAAAUUUAGUCAAAGGAUUUGCAACAAUAGACAACUUGGCACUUGUAAAUGUUGAGGGAACUGGAAUGGCCGGUGUUCCAGGUACAGCAAGUGCUAUUUUUAGUGCAAUCAAAGAUGUUGGAGCUAAUGUUAUCAUGAUAUCUCAGGCUAGUAGUGAGCAUUCUGUAUGCUUUGCUGUCCCCGAGACGGAAGUAAAAGUUGUUGCCGAGGCAUUGCAAUCAAGAUUUCGUCAAGCUUUGGAUAAUGGGCGUCUUUCUCAGGUUGCAAUUAUCCCAAAUUGUAGCAUUUUGGCAGCUGUUGGCCAGAAAACGGCAAGCACUCCUGGAGUUAGUGCUCACCCCCGAGACAUUGAUUAUCCCCGCUCUAGAAAAAUUGCAGGUAGCAUAGGUGCCUUCCUUAUGAUGGAUAUGGCUCACAUAAGUGGACUCGUUGCUGCAUCUGUGCUUGCCGACAUCUUUGAGUUUUGUGACAUUGUGCCCACCACAACCUGUAGUCACCGCAUCAGUUGUUGA